AGGCAGAGGUGGAGAAACACGGGCCGUGGCCGGCGGAGCUGCAAGGGCAGGGGAGAGGCGGCUGCCAGGCCAGCCUGAGGCGGGGGGCCGCCAUUUUACCGGGAGGGGCUGCGGCGCCUCCCGUUCCCGGCGGCCAAGGGUGAAGCGCCUCAGCCUCUGGCUAAAUCCCGGGAUUGGGCGGGCUCCCGUUCUUUCCCUCUGCUCGGCUGCGCUUCCGGGAACAGGGAGGCGGCGGCCGGCAGGCAGGCCAAGUCAUUCUGCUGACUUCUCCCAGCCGGGCUGGAAAGUUUAAAAGCCAGCAAGCACACGUAGAAGCAAGCUGCAGGUACCACUGAAGGUCUGUAGACUUACAGAAGGCUCGGAAGCAUGGAAAGCCUCUGUGCAGCAAACAGCACUUUUGCUGUGGAGCUGUUAAGAAAGCUGUGUGAGAAGAAGAGUGGGCAGAAUGUGUUCUUUUCACCAUUUAGUAUUUCUUCUGCUUUGUCUAUGGUUUUGCUGGGUUCAAGAGGUGGCACUGAAGCCCAGAUAAGCAAGGUGCUUUCUCUGAAGAACGCCCAGGAUGCUCACAAUGGGUAUCAAUCCCUUCUCUCUGAAAUCAAUGAUCCAAACACCAAAUACAUCCUGAGGACUGCAAACCGGCUCUAUGGAGAAAAGACCUUUGAGUUUCUUCCAUCAUUUAUAGAGUCCAGUCAGAAAUCCUACCAUGCUGGCCUGGAACAGAUGGACUUCCUGCAUGCUUGGGAGGAUGCCAGAAAACAAAUCAAUGCCUGGGUGGAGGAAAGGACUGAAGGUAAAAUUCAGAACCUGUUGGCAGAGGGGAUUCUGGAUUCUCUGACCAGGCUUGUAUUGGUGAAUGCCAUCUAUUUCAAAGGCAAUUGGGAGGAGAAGUUCAACAAACAGAGUACCACAGAAAGGCCAUUCCAAAUUAAUAAGGUACGAUGUGCUAAAACUCUGUCAUUACACUGUUAAUGUGAAGUAACCUGA